AUGGAGUCCCCAGUCACUAAGACAAUGCUGAGCAAUGGCACCCAGCAGCUGCUGCCUGGCAGGGGCUCUCCCUCACCCCAUCACCUGAGGUGAUUCCCUGAUCCAGCACAGAACAUGUCCACCCCAGAGCUGAGUGCGUCACAAAAACAUGCUGUGUUCUGAGGCCAGCAAGGUUGCCCAGCAUGCAGUCUGGUCCCCAGCCCAGGGCACGUCAUUCUCUGUGAGGUGACACUCCUCGGUGUGAUGUCACAGUUGUUGCCACCUACACCCCUGUGGCAGCGGUGGGAGCGGUGGCCCAGUCUCUUGUGAGAGGCGCAGGAAGAGGACCCAGAGAGAGCAUUGUGUCUAUCUGGAGAUAUCCUGCUGUGAUGGAGCGGCUGAGAGCCCUUCGAGGUCUCUUUGCCUGUGUGGGCUGCGUGCCCAGACGUACGCGUCGCAGGGCCAGAGGCAGGGUGGCAAGCCCUGUCCCCCCCUGUGCCGUGACUUUGCUGCUGCAGCGCCUGCAAGACCAGGAGGGUGACCGAGCGCAGGCGUACUGCGAGCUGGAGCACGUCCUGUGGGAAGGUGACAGCCGCCCGCCAUGCGGAGUGGUGAACCGGCUGCUGGCUGAGGUGUCCCAGGACCUGACAGCAGCCCAGGGCGUGCCACACAGCGUGAGGAUGGCUGCCAGCAAUGCCCUGGUGGCUCUGGCCCGGACACACUUCAGCUUGGUGAUGGCCGAGCUCCAGGGCCACCUGAAAGCCGUGGGGGAGAUGUCCAAGGAGUUUGUGCUCAUCACCCUGAGCAAACUGUUCAGCAGCUACGCUCCACAGUGCAUCCCCUUCGUGUGGCUGAUGCUGGCCGGCCUGCGCAGUGUGGUGGGCUGGGUGAGAGGCGGCCGGACCCUGCGCAUUGCUUGUGCUGUUGUGAAACAAUGGCUGGAAGGAGUCAAGGCUCACUUGUGCUCUGGAAAGCAAUGCCCCUGGCCUGCCAUGGAGAUGGAGCAGAUCUACAAGAAUCUUUCCCAGCUCUUCUUCUCUGUGCUGAGGAACUGGCAGGAGUCGGGCUGA